UGUCAGAUAAAUUAAAGCACCUGAACAUUAUAAACUUGAAUAUACUCUCAUCAUUCCUCCACUGUACUUUCACCUGACUAAACAUGUGGACUAUUAUUGUCUUGGCAACUGCUAUAUUAACUACCGCUACUGCGUUGGAAAAUGUGGUGCCUUACCAGUACUCCUAUUCUUAUCCUCAGGACUACAUGAGCAGCGCCACCUACAACGGCUGGAGAACACCAACAAAGGGCUCCUCAAAGAGUUUCCAGCACAGGUUGUUAGACACGUUCUCCAGCCUGUGUCCUGACUGUCUGAAGACUGACGGAGUAGACGAGGUCACCGAGAUUCCUAUUUUAAAGGAUGCCAUCGAAUAUACAUACUUCCAUAUCAUAAAGCCCAUUAUAAAAGUAUUGGUGCACAAUUUUGGAAUUGAUAAAGAAGUGAUAUACACAUCUACUGUUAGCGUUUGUGAUAGAAACGAGCGUGAUAUGGACACUAUGGAAUUAGGUGAUGUACUGCAAAUGAUUUGCUCUGAUAUUAAACAGACAGUGGAGAAAGGGUAUUUACGGAUUCUCGGAUUCAACCACAAAGUCAACAGUGUUCUUUCACUGUGUGUGGCCAAUGCAAUUUCCACUGGUCUGCUACAAUUCCUAGACAGUCUAUCGUCUUACUGGAAAGUCUACGGCCUCCACAACGUGCUGCAGUGCUACGAGUCUACAUCUCCUGUGUUGGCCGCGAUACUCCAAACUCACAUUAUCACAGAACUGCUGUUCUUAGCUGGAACAUCGAGGAGGAUAUCAAAUUGGUUAAAAGUAAUCAUGCUAGAGAUGGCUCAUACCUCUACUGACUUGACAGCAUUGGAGUUGCUUGUGGUAGAUAACUCCUUCCUCACUUCUGCAGGUGUUCACUUUAUCAACCAGCUGCCCAAUUGGAUAAGGAAAACCGCAGCACCCAAUGUUACCGAGCUGUUUACAUUUGGGUGGGAGAUCGCCCAAUCAGGAGAUUGA